UCACACUACAGACAUUCGACGCCGGUUCAUUGGAGAGAACGCACGUGUUUAAAGUUUUACCUGUGUGUGUGUAAUAAAAAUGUGGUUAUUGCUGUGCCUGUGUGCGCUUGCGUACGCGCAGGAAGCGCCCCGAGUAAACACUACCCAAGGUGUGGUUGUGGGACAGCGUAUUGAAGAUGGCGAUUAUUUGGCCUUCUAUGGACUACAUUAUGGUGGUAGUACAGGCGGCGAAAACAGGUUCAAGGCGCCUACGCCACCGCCGGUUUACCCUGGAGAGUUCCAUGCCAUAGACAACACAAUACUGUGUGCCCAACCAAGCCCACGAGGACUCAUUGGCAAAGAAGAUUGUCUAGUACUCAACAUACAUACAAAAAAUUUAACGACACCCAAACCUGUAAUGGUAUGGAUUGAAGGAGAAGAGUAUGAGUCUACAGGCAGAACUCCAUAUAACUUCAAGAAUCUAGUCCAACAAGAUCUGCUGGUUGUUUCCAUUAAUUACCGUCUUUCAAUCUUCGGUUUCCUGUGUCUUGGAGUGACUGAUGCUCCAGGUAACGCCGGUUUAAAAGACAUCAUCCAAGGCCUAAAAUGGAUUAAAGAAAAUAUAGCUGGUUUUGGAGGAGAUCCCAACAAUGUCAUAUUAAUAGGUCACGGGUCAGGAGCAGCUAUAGUUGAUUUGAUUACCCUGUCACCAAUGUCUCAAAAUUUAACGCAUAAAGCUAUUGUACUGAGUGGAUCGGGAUUAGCUCCGUGGGCCAUAUCAUACGAUCCUAUAGGCUAUGCUGAACAAGUAGGAAGAAAAUUAGGAUACACGGACGCUUCGAGAGAAGAUUUGGCGAAGAAGCUUGCCUCUACUGAUAUCAGCCUACUCUCCGGCGUUCUAUCAGAUUUCGAAUUUUAUAAUGCUUCCCUACUGUUUGCUCCAUGUGUUGAGAAUGCUAAAUUGAAUCCAAACGACACGUUCCUAUCCGAUGCACCGAUUAAUAUUCUAAGAUCUGGAAACUACACCCAUAUUCCAUACAUAGCUGGUUUCGUGGACAGGGAAGGAACGGUACGAGCUGGACAGGCAGCCGUCAACAACUGGCUUGAUAAAAUGGAAACUACCUUUGGAGACUUCAUACCGGUGGACCUUGCUUUUGAAUCUGAAGAUAAUCGAACCGCUGUGAUACGUAACAUACGUCAGUAUUACUUCGCUGAAAGAACAGUUAAUAUGGAAACGAUUGAAGACUAUCUAGAAUACCACGGAGACUCUUUAAUACUUGUUCCCGUUAUAAGAGGAACUAAGGAAAGAGCUUUGACAUCAAAUGCUAAUGUUUGGCUGUUUAAAUUUACAUUCAGAGGUACACAAAACUCUGACUGGGCGUACCCUCAAAUUCCUCUCAACGGUGCGCGACAUGGGGCAAUUCUUAAUUAUCUACUUAACUACGAUUUGAGAACAGCCGACAAUACUGCUUCUAUGUCAAUCACCCAACGAUUUAGAGGGUUCGCAUAUAAUGGGAACCCUGCUCCAGCAUUCCCACAAACGGCAACACCCUGGGAUCCCAUAACCCUACAGAUGGCACCAAUACUACUGAUGAGUGGUGGAGAAACUUCAAACCGUAUCGCUCUAUACAGUGAAGAACUCCUCACGCACAUUAACCGGGAAACUACAGAGUUCUGGGACCCGAUCAUCGCGACUCACUAUCGGCCACCAAAGCCAGUAUCUUCAGCAAAUAUUUUGCUCUCUUUUGGACUUGUGCUUGUAACUACUCAAGCGUUACUCAGAUUGCUGGUGUGAAACAUGUCUAGAUAUUAGAUGCAUUUAUAAAAAUUUAAUAUUGAUUUAGCUUCUUGGUUUGCAAUUCAAUUUGAUAGUCUUUUGCAUGAUCAUUUCCGCGUGUUACAUUUACUACUUAUUAAGUUUUAUGUAUAAUAACGAAUUAAUUUUUUAAAACCGGAUUUUGUAAACCGUCCUUUUAUUUUAAGAAUUUUACGCCUUUGAGGAUAGGUAUUUAUUAAUGUGAAUUAGUUAGGAAUAAAAAUUAAAUAAAAACAUUUAGGAAUUAUUAUUAAUUACAUUUAAGUAUUUAGGAAUGAUUUUAUUGCUACUAACCAAAAAGUAACAACUGACUUAGUACAUUCAAUAUAAUUUCCAUUCAAUAUAUGUUUUAUAUGAUUAAAAAGUGGGACGAAAUAUUUGCUCAUAAGUAAAGUGCAAACAGAUAAGAUUAGAUACCACAUUUAGUAGAGCAAUAAGACGGCGCCAUUAAAAUUAAUAUUAUAGAUUUAAAUACUCAUAUGUAUUAUUUUGUAAUAACUAUUUGCAUUUACUUACAAUGGUAUAUUAUCUUACAAGUAGAUGAUAAUUGCAUUUACAAUGGAAGAAGAGUUGUCAUUUCAUUUAUUUUGCUACACAACAAUAAUAUAAAAAUAUCAAUUGUAGAAGAUGUGUUUGAUACUUGUCCCGAAUAAAUCUAUUUAAAAAUGGUUACCCUUUGCCUAUAAGUGUACUACAUAUUUAUUAAUAUGAAUAAUUCUACGCCCUGUCAAGUAUUAAAUAAUAAAUAUAUUUUAUUUUGUACUUAUAAAAAUAAAGUAC